CUCAAGCAGGCGCACAGGGAUCAACAGGUCAUUCAACUUCGGUCAUGAUGAUGCACCCGGCAGACGCAUUCGGCAAGCAACUGCUGGAGAUUUCCCAAGCGAUCAUGCGCCGAUUCCUCCCCAAAGAUGAGCACUCGAAAUAUCAUGCUGUGUGUGAGCGGUUCUGGGGCAGCGUGGAUGAGGCUGUCCGGCAAAUUCGAUGGUCUACCGAGCCGUCGGGUGCAUUGUGGACAAUCCGAGACUUCGACACCAUGUCCGGCACUGCAGGUGGAAGCGGAGGUGUGACAGCGAAGAGCCGUAUGUCGGGUGCACGGCUUGUUCCACAACCACAACAUAUGCUUCGGCAUCAUCUGCACUCCAGCAUCUCCAUAGCGUCCACUUUGAAUGUCCCCUUGGAGAAUCGGCCGCAGGCAGAACAAAGGACAGGACGCACGAUGACCCUUGCUAUGCAUACAUCAAGUCGUUGGCCGACACCCACAUCGAACGAACCGGAGAUUGAGAAAAUAGCAAAGGAGUUUAUCAACCAUCUCUCGGACUUCUCGGGCAGCCUCAACAAGAUACAGUGGCUCGUCGCUACCAACUCGCAGGGCAUUGCUCAAUACCACGACGCUAUCUGGGCAACGAAGAAGCACUUGACGAAUUCCUCGUAGAAUGACAAUAUUUGGAAGGCUGCCAAGUGUCUGAAGUCCGACGACGAUACAGCGGUUGGAAAAGCACCACAGCUCGUCAAAGCGGGCCGAACAGUCACCGCAGACGACAAAGAACAGGCAGAGAAACAACUGGCCAAGUUCUUUCU